UAAAAGCCAACCACCAUCUCUGUCUUUGUUGCUUCUUCAUUCCCUUUCCCUUCACAACGUUGUUGCUACAUAACGCAAUUCAAAUACCACCCUCAACGCAACUCAAACAUUCAUAUAAUAAAAUAUAAAAUAAUAAUAGUUAUUAUUAUACUCACAAAACCUUACACACAAAAAAAAAAGUUGUGUGAAAAAAAAAUGAAGCUCUCAGCUUUACAGCAGAGUUACAUUAACCGUCGAACAAACAGUUUCAGAGGAUCAACGCCGUUAGAUUCGUCCGGAGACGGCGCCGUUAAGUCACCGGCGACAAUUUUCUGGCUAAUUUUCCACGGUGUCUGCUGCUUAAUCAGUCUCGUUCUCGGCUUUCGAUUUUCACGCCUUGUUUUUUUCUUCCUGUUCUCAACUUCAUCAACUAAUAUCUACACUGUUCCGUUUAGUUCCAACGCCGCAAUCACCAUUCCCGUCGAAGUUCAACCGAAUCCCGUUAACAAAACCACAAUCGUUGGUAGUAGAGUAGUAGUCGGACGGCACGGGAUCCGAAUUCGGCCGUGGCCGCAUCCGGAUCCUGUUGAAGUGAUGAAAGCGCACGGGAUAAUUGAAAGAGUUCAAAAGGAACAGAGAGCGUUGUUUGGUGUUAAGAACCCUAGAACGGUUAUUGCGGUUACGCCAACUUAUGUGCGAACUUUUCAGACGCUUCAUUUGAGCGGUGUGAUGCACUCGCUGAUGUUGGUGCCGUACGAUCUGAUUUGGAUCGUGGUGGAGGCUGGUGGAGUUACCAAUGAGACUGCUUCUCUUAUAGCGAAGUCUGGACUUAGAACUAUUCACGUUGGGUUUCAUAAGCAAAUGCCGAAUUCUUGGGAGGCUAGGCAUAAAGUUGAGUCUUUGAUGCGUCUUCAUGCUUUGAGAAUUGUGAGAAAAGAGAAGCUCGAUGGAGUUGUGAUGUUUGCUGAUGAUAGUAAUAUGCAUAAUAUGGAGCUGUUUGAUGAAAUUCAGAGUGUGAAAUGGAUUGGUGCUGUUUCGGUUGGAAUACUUCUUCAUUCAGUUGAUGCAGCUGAAUUUUCGUCGUUGGCUCAAAGAGAGGGAGACGAGGAUGCCACGACAAUGCCUGUGCAAGGUCCUGCUUGUAAUGGCACUGAUAAGUUGGUUGGGUGGCACACCUUCAAUUCAUUACGAUAUACUGGAAGGAGUGCAGUUUACAUUGAUGAUCGGGCACCUGUCUUACCGAGAAAGCUUGAAUGGUCUGGGUUUGUGUUGAAUUCCCGGUUGGUUUGGAAGGAUGUUGAUGAUAAGCCAGAGUGGAUUAAGGAUCUUGAUGCAUUGGAUGGGGAUGGUGAGGAUAUAGAGAGUCCACUGUCUUUGCUCAAGAGUACCACUGUGGUAGAACCACUUGGGAAUUGUGGACGCCAUGUUUUGCUUUGGUGGUUGCGGGUUGAAGCUCGCACAGACAGCAAAUUCCCUGCAGGAUGGAUAAUUGACCCUCCAUUGGACAUCACGGUCCCAUCAAAACACACACCCUGGCCAGAUUCUCCGCCUGAACUCCCAUCUAAUGAAAAAGUUUUCGCUGGCACAGAAGAGCAACCGAACAAGUACACUACAAAGACUAAAACACCCCGAUCCAGACGCGGUAGAAAUAAGAGAAGGCAUGACACCAAAGUGAUUGGUGUACAGACCUCUACACAUUCCGAACAAACUGAGAUGUGAAUUAGUGUAUCUGAGAAUUUACUGCCUUGUGUUUAUACAAGAUUGCUGGCCUUCCGCAACAAGAAUUUGGAUUUGAUUAAAUCGAGAAGCUGAUGUCCAUCGAUACAUAAAUCGGCAGCGAAGGUUUGUAUGAUUGGCCAGCAUAUGUGCAUUAGAGUCUGAUUUUCACCCUUUUUUUACAUUUUUUUUUUUUUUUGUAAUUUCUCUUAUUUUAUCUUGGAGGUGCCAUAUAUCCAUUCCCAUGAAAUAUUAAAGGGAAAUAUCAACUUAGUUUUGCAGCAUUGGCUGGUCUUGUGGGAAACAUGUAAUCAAUUUUAUUCGAUGUUUAUACACAUUCUUCUCAAUAGUAUUAUACAAUUCCAUUUUAUUCUUUCGCA